GAGAUAAAAACCUCUGUGGUUGCGGCACAUCUACUGACACGUGACUUGCUGGGUGACGUCGCAGAAUAACAAAGAUGGCGGGAUUAGCAAGCGGCACCUACUGGGAAGAUCUGAGAAAGCAAGCAAGACAGUUGGAAAAUGAGCUUGACCUGAAGUUGGUGUCCUUCAGUAAAUUGUGUACCAGCUACAGCAGCUCCAGGGAUGGAUGUCGAACAGACACGUCAGAUACCACCCCUCUGUUAAACAACUCCACUCAGGACAGAAUGUUUGAUACAAUGUCUGUGGAGCUUGAGCAGCUACUAGCAAAACUGACUGCAGUAAAUGACAAGAUGGCAGAGUACACCAAUGCUCCAGGCACAGCAUCUCUCAAUGCUGCGCUCAUGCACACACUCCAGAGACACAGGGACAUUUUACAGGACUACACACAUGAAUUUCACAAAACCAAAGGCAACUUCUUGGCAAUCCGGGAAAGGGAGGAUCUGCUUGGCUCUGUCAGGAAAGACAUUGAGACAUACAAAAGUGGUUCUGGAGUCAACAACAGAAGAACAGAGCUUUUUCUGAAGGAACAUGAGCACUUGAGAAACUCUGACCGGCUGAUGGAUGACACAAUAAGUAUUGCCAUGGCGACCAAGGAGAACAUGACAUCCCAAAGGGGCAUGUUGAAAUCCAUACAGAGCAGAGUCAACACGCUGGCCAACCGUUUUCCGACCAUCAACAAUCUUAUCCAGCGAAUCAACCUGCGAAAAAGGCGGGACUCCCUCAUUCUAGGCGCUGUCAUCGGCAUCUGCACCAUUCUUCUUCUGCUUUACGCUUUCCACUGAAACGGGCUGAGUGAAAUUUUAGUCUUUUGCUCUGUGUUGCACGAAAACUCCAGCAGACUGGCUGAGUGAUUGAAGGACCCUCAAGGCUGCUGAGCAGAAAGGCAUCCAUUUGGUCCAGUCCAAGAACAUAAACACCCUCAGCCCUGUAGAACUUGUAUUUAGAACAUGGCACAGAUGGAGGGCUGGUGGAUGGGUGCUGAUCAGCAAACGAGGGAAUGGAGACCAAACAUCCUAAUACGACGUGAUUUGCAGGAAUAAAUCGCUUGAAGAGAAACUCUGUGCUGAGUAAAAUCUAAGACACUGUGAAUCUCCGUGCUAUAUUUUUAUUCAAAUUCGGCUCUUCUGUGAUCCCCAUUCCUCAAUGCAAGGAGAUGGAAAAUUGGUGAAUUUCUAUGGUUUUAACAAAACAUUUCUUGCUUGCUGCAUGCAAGAAAGAAAUGAUGCUAACCCUUUGUAUGAAAAGAUGUUUUCCAAGAUCUUCAUACAGCAAUAAUGCCAUAUUUUCUGGACUCUAAGUUGGACUGUAUUAUAAGUUGCAUCUGUCAAAAUGUGUCAUGAAGAUGGGGAAAAAAAGUCUUGCCAGAGUGUAAUACAUUCAUUUUUAAAACACAUUUCAUAAGAAUUCAAGGAAAAAAAAACAAUUUGGAGCAAUCUGCAGACUUUGUCACACACUAGCCUAGAUAUUUUAAUGUUUUUCCUUUUUCCCAAUUGUACUGUAAUCUUAAACUGUAAUAUUUGUGUACAGUUGCACCCUUAGUUGACAUUUAAGUUGCCAAUCUCUUAAACUUUUUUUUUAAAGCAUCUUAUAGUCUGGAAAAUAUGGUACUGGCAUAGACUGUAUUCCGAUUUGUCCCUGUCGCUAUUACAAGUGGAAAAAGUGGAAGAUUUUGACUUUUGAUGGCACAUCUGUCACAGUGUGCGGCUGCUGCUCUCACAGUCAGCAGAAUUUGUCAUCAUCCUUUAUAUUACUAUGACGUGUUCAUCUAGAUCAGUGUUUCUCAAGCUUUAUCAAACUAAGGACAUCAGACCCUUAACCAAUAAAAA